GGCCUGGCCAAACUAUACGGUCGUACUAAACUAUACUAUACGAAUAACAGAAUAACGGGAAAAGGCCGGGAUAACGGGACUCAAGUAUCAUGAACUUUGGCGUCGUACUAUAAUUUCGUGACAGUAUUGUCAACAAUGUGUCAGCAUAAUAAAAACCAUAAAAUAGCACUGGCACGCUCAAAUCAAUCCUACGACUCUUCUCUUUCCGCACAGACUCUAAAUUUACUGGCUCGGUGAAUGUGUAUACGCAGCUUAAAGAUUCGUGAGUGAAUGGCCUUCCUAAAAUUUUGACAGACAGCUGUAAAGUACUUGCUCAACUUGCUCCUCGACGCCUACACAAAAAGUAAACAGACGUUGUAUGUUCCAAAUUAGGUCAAAUAAUUGAUCUAUCUUAGAUAAACUAGUCAUUUAACUUAAAAACAGCACUGAAAGUAAAUUAAUGAACACAUGCAUCACAAAACAGACGUGGAGAGAAUAUAUUUUUAGCACACUUGCCGGCUUUUUGGCACCAUGUUUAAAUUUGUGAUCUUGGUAUUCGUUUUGUACGGAAAUGUUAACCUUAGCGAUGUAAGCUUUUACGAGAUUUUGGGUAUAACGAAGCACUCCACUACGCAGGAAAUUCGGCAAGCUUAUAAAAAAUUAGCGAUAAAAUAUCAUCCUGAUAAAAACCAGGAUGAUUCAGUUCAGGAGAAGUUUCUUAAAAUCACCGAAGCAUAUGAAACAUUAAAAGACCCUCAGAAGAGGCGCAUGUAUGACACUUUCGGGGUCCAUCAACCAAACUCCAGGCAGCAUGACUACCGGAGUCAGAAAGAGUACAAUAAUAUGUUCUAUAAUGGUCUUUACCAUGAAGAUCCGUUUGUAGAUACAGUCUCAGGGAAAGAGUUUUACAAUUAUUUAAGUGAUGGGUUGCACUUCAUUAACUUCUAUUCUCCAUUCUGUCCACCGUGUCAAAAUCUAGCUGAUCACUGGAAAAAGCUUGCAGAAGUAUAUAAGGGCAUUGUAAAAGUAGGUGCAGUGAAUUGCAAAUACCACAAUUCAUUUUGCUACAACUCAAUGAGAAUUGGCAGCUAUCCAUCUCUAUUAUUUUAUCCUGAUGGGAAAAAAGGCAACUAUAUUUACUACCGUGGUGCUCAUACAUUUAAAGCAUUGGAAGAUUUUGUCCUAUCAUACAUAGAAAAAACAAACUAUGUACCAACUCUGACAUACCUUAGAGGCCUCGACAAACCCAUGGCUUAUGUAUUAGGAAGAAACAGAAUAGAUCAUGAUGCUUUGACAAGACUAGCAUAUCAUUUGAAUGGGCUUGUCACACUAGCUGUGAUUGAAGACGACAACAUCAGGUCUGAACUAACAAACAAUGAGUACACGACCGUAGUGUACCGGUACAGAAAAACGGUGAAGGAGAUUACUAGCACAGAAGAGAAGGAAAUCCUGAGUGAAGUCAUCGAGGCUCUGCCUACUAUUGAACCAGUGGACCCAGAGAAGUUUAAGGACAUAAGAAAUCAGCUUCGCACUGGCCACCAAAACGCCUGGGUCUUGUACUUCUCGAAGAAGGAUGACGACAAACUGUUGCUGUAUCAGAUGAGGCUGAAAUUCCCAGUUUUGCAUUUUGGUGAAAUCGACUGCGACUCGUGGUCCCAGCUCUGCCUGUCCCUGCAAGUGCAGGCCACGCCGGCGUGGGCCCUGCUCAAGCCGGGCGGCGCCUACCAGAAGGCUGCGCCGUCGGCCGACCUUAAGACUUUCCUUCGAGUAGCCCCGUUGGCUACUAAGCUGCAUUCGUUGGCGCCAACUGCCAUUCAGACUUUGCACGAAGAUGUGGGAACUUGGGUGGUGCUAGUAGUGCCAUACAAGGCCUCAUGGGACACUAUCGCCGAAGCAUUCACGCGCACCUCUCUGCAUUUCCAGAACUCCGAAGAUAUAAGUUUCGGCAUAAUUACAUGCUGUGAAAAGACCGCGCACUACUGCCGUGAAGCGAGUUCGAAUUCGCCAGUAAUUCUGGUGCAAUCGGGCGACAAGAGAGACAUGUACAGCGGCCGAGUAGAUGAACACCAGAUAGUGGACUUCAUACAGCUUAUAAAGGAUAGCGCAGAUUUGGAAUUGACGGAGGAGCAGGCCAUGGAGAUAUUAGAUCCCAGCCGCGAGGAAACGUGGUUGGUGGCCUACCUGCCGCCUGGCUACGAAGACUUGAAGCAUGUCUGGCGACUGGUCGCCAAUAAGCUGCGGCCGCUGCAGUUCGUGCGCGCGGGCGUGCUGCAGUGCGCGCGCGGCGCCGGCGGGCUGUGCGCCAACGUGCGCGCGCCCGCCGCGCGCCUCUACCCCGUCGCGUCCGGGCAACACUACUCAGUAAGUUUGGAGCAUCUAAAUGAGGCGCCAUACAUAUUGGAGUGGGCGUUGGAGCACAUUGACGACUCGGUACAGAAACUCAAUUGGAACUCCUUCUCCAAGCGCGUCAUAGCAGAAGAACUGCAACCCUCGAGUGGCAAGAAACCCUGGUUGGUCUACUUCCACUCCCCACGGUGCUACCGCUGCUACGAAAUGUAUCCCGAUUUCGCGAUAGCUGGCAUACUACUCAACAAUGCCGUAAACCUGGGUAAAGUGAACUGUCUCAACGAGAGAGGUGUAUGUCAACACGAGCACAUCACCAGCUACCCAUCCCUUCGCCUUUACCUCAACAGAAACAUGCACCAGAGAUUCAGCAGUGUCAUCUCCGUACAUGUGCAAGACUAUGCCUCUCUUCUUAAGCACAUAAAGGCACACUUGAUGAAGUAUGAUGAAAGUUUACUGGCUGGCAUCGAUUUGAAGUCGAGGCAUGAUGAGUUAUAAAGACUAAUGAUUUAUAGGUAGCAAAAUUUAAAUAAUCUCAUUAAUUGUAAAAAAAAUAAAGACAUCCUCCAGGACAUCUGCUAGAUAUAAUACAACUAGAUCUUUUUAACUAUUAAAAUUUAGCAAUCAUCUCAUUUAAUUCUCUUCUUAUUCCAAUCAUCUAUUAUAAUUAUUAUAAGAUAAAAAUGUGAUAAUAAUCCACUUAUCCUAUUUUUAGGAUCAUCUCAUAAAGAUAUUUUUUAAAUAAAUAACUUAUUUAAAUUA